GCAGGUUCUGGCCUCGAUCACCUCCUCCAUGGCCAACUUCUGCCUAGCCGGCUCCCUCUCGUUUGGCGGCGUGCUGGCUGACCAGCUGACCACCGAGGAUGCCGACCUCAAUAUCACCAAGACGCAGGUCUCCUGGGUCGUGUCCAUCUUCAGCAUCGGCAGCAUGCUGGGCUUCAUCGUCUCCAGCUACGCCAGCCCGCGGCUGGGCGCGGUCCGGAUCAUGCAGCUCUCCUCGCCGGCAGCGCUGGCCGCCUGGGUGGUCAUGGCCUUCAGCCCCAGCUUCUGGAGCCUGCUGGCCGGCCGCGCCAUGGUUGGUCUCUUCAACGGCGUGUGCAUGGGCCCAGCCGUGGCCUACAUGGGCGAGGUGUCCUCUGUGCGCAUCCGCGGCUACCUCACCACCCUACCGCUCGUCAACGGCUGCAUGGGCGUCCUGGCCUCCUACCUCUUCGGCUGGCUCGUGGGCUGGCGACACGCCUGCCUGGUGAUGGGUGCCGCGCCGGCGCUGCAGUUCCUGAUGUCGCUCCUGCUGCCGCGCUCCGCUAAGUGGCUCAUCUCGAAGGGCUACCCGGAGGAGGAGGCCAAGCGAUCGCUGCGCUUCUACCAAGGAGAGGGCUUCGACGCGGACGGACAGAUUCGCGAGAUCCGCGAGUCACUCGGCGGUGACCACAAGCACGACGCGUCCGUCUUGGAGGUGCUCUGCCUGCUGCGCCACCGGCAGAACCUGGUCCCCUUCCUGCUCGUGCUCGCCAUGUACAUGUUUUUCGUGUUCUCAGGCGGCUCAAGCACGUCCUCGUUUGCGCCGGUCGUGUUCCGCGAUCUGGGUGGGUUUGAAGACCCGUACCUGGGCUCCAUCCUGUCUGGCACCGUCCGCGUCAUCUCCACCGUUGUGGCGCUGCUCAUCAUGGACCGCGUCGAGCGGAGGACGCUCCUGAUGGUCAACGGUAUCGGUGGGGCGGCCGGCUGCCUCGCCACCGGCCUGGCGUUCGUCUACAAGGCCGAGCUGGCCGACCACGCCUGGGUGCCGGUGCUCGCCGUGCUCGUCAUCGUCUGCCUCAUGUCCACCGGCAUCUGCACGGUGGUCUUCGUCAUGCUGUCGGAGCUGCUGCCCAACGCUAUUCGCGCAGAGGUUGGCGGCGUGUGCCUGCUCUUCUUCGGCGCCGCAAACUUCGUCAUGAUGUACUCGUUCCCACUGGCCGUCUCGCGGCUGGGUAUCCCGACCGUGUACUGGUUCUUCACCGGCAUGCACCUGCUUCUGUUCGCGUUCGGCAAGGUGUGCCUGCCCCGCACGCGGGGCAAGUCCCUGGAGGAGAUUCAGAAGAUGUUUGUGAAGAACAUCGUGCUCGAAGUCACCGAGCCGGUCGGAAUCCAUGUGGAGACAAACAAGGCCGGUGACUGUACAAAACUGUGACUGUGGCGAUGUCGUACAUGGCCAGUUGCGUAGCAUGCGGUUCACAAACAUACAGGAAAGACAACGAUCAUAUGUCGCUAUUGAAGACAACAAUAGCCGGGAGGCUCAUGACAUAUUAGAAUGGGCCAAAACAAUACACAUUUUACACAUUCAA